CGCGGCGCACGCGCAGAGGGCACGUACGGCGGCCGAGCGGGGCCGUUCCGCCCUCGCCUUUUGUGCGGCGGGGGCGGCCGGUGGAGCCCAGGUGGGACACCGAGGCGGACCCAGCCCGUGCCGGCACCAUGGGCUCCAAGCAGAUCGCCCAGGAGACGUUCGAUGAGGCGGUGCAGGAGAACAUCACCGAGUUCGAGAUGGAGCCCGAGGAGGCUGUGAGAGAAGCCGUGCUGCAGUUCGAGGCCCAAGGUGUGGACCUGAGCAAUAUUGUGAAGGCUGUGCGACCUCCUGCCUCUGAGAACGGGCAAAGGCAAAAGCACCAAAUCCUGCUGACCCUGGAGAGCCUGGCCCGGGCCGUGGCGGAGCAGGACGUGGCGCAGCUGCCGCAGCAGCUGGCCUUGCUGGCGGCGCAGUGCAGGGAGCAGCUCGCGUUCCGCUGCCUGGCCGGCCGCCACGGCGCGUACGGCGCGGUGCUGUCGGCGUGCCGGCUGGCCGCGGGGGACAGGCAGCUGCUGCUGCAGGCGCUGGCCGCGCUGGCGGCGCUGCUGGACGGGCAGCCGGACCUGCUGGACGCGGCGGGCCGGGAGCUGCUGCUGCGGAGCCUGCGGGAGCGGCGCGGGGACGACGAGGCCACGCUGGCCGGGAUCCGCUGCGUGCGCCACGCCUGCCUCAAGCACGAGCGCAACCGGCAGGCCUUCGUGCGGGGCGGCGUGCUGCCCGCGCUCACCGGGGCCAUCACCGGCGCCCUCGCCCGGCGCGGCGGCGCCGCCGAGCUCGUCAGGACCGCGGCCUCGGCCCUCCGGGUCAUGACCUUCGACGAUGACAUCCGAGUGCCCUUCGGGCACGCCCACGACCACGCCAAGAUGAUCGUGCUGGAGAACGACGGGCUGAGAGUCCUCAUCGAGGCUGCCAAAGCCUUCAGGGAUAACUCUGCGGUUCUCAGCGAGCUCUGCGCCACCCUCUCCCGCCUCUCCGUCAGGAACGAGUUCUGCCAGGAGAUCGUGGACCUGGGCGGCUUGAACUUCAUGGUGACUCUGCUGGCUGACUGCAUGGAGCACGCUGACGUGGUGAAGCAGGUGCUCAGCGCCAUCCGCGCCGUGGCCGGCAACGACGACGUCAAGGACGCCAUCGUGGACGCCGGGGCCACCGAGCUCAUCGUGCUGGCCAUCAGCCACCACCUGGGCAACCCGCAGAUCUGCGAGCAGGGCUGCGCCGCCCUGUGCAUGCUGGCCCUGCGCAAGCCCGAGAACUGCAGCGUCAUCGUGGAGGGCGGCGGCGCCCUGGCGGCCCUGCAGGCCAUGAAGGCUCACCCGCGGGAGGUGGCCGUGCAGAAGCAGGCGUGCAUGCUGAUCCGGAACCUGGUGUCGCGCAGCCGGGAGCUGUGCGGGCCCAUCCUGGCGCUGGGGGCCGAGGUGCUGAUCGCCGAGGCGCGCGCCGCCCACCGCGACUGCGACGACGUGGCCAGGGCGGCGCUCAGGGACCUGGGCUGCCAGGUGGAGCUGCGGGAGCUCUGGACGGGCCAGAGGGGCGGCCUGGCCCAGUGAGGGCUCCUGGCAGCAGCAGCAGGGAGGGUGCAGAGUGCCCGAGCCCCCGGGCCUGGCGGAGGCGGCGUUGGAUGGAUCUGCCCGUGAAUAGAUCUGCCUUGGAUGG